GGGAGGCAGGCGAGCGAUUCCAUGGUUACCUAGGAGAAGAGAGGCUGGUUUCUCAGCUGCCGGGUCAUGUGUUUGGUUCUCGGGCCCUCCGGCGUCGGGAAGACUCUGCUGAUGAAGAGGCUGCAGAAGCUAUGUGCUAAAGAGUCAGCCGAUCUAGGAGACGCGCCUCCCACCCAGCCCACUGUUGGCACCAACUUGACGGAUCUGACAAUACAGAGAACGCGUGUGACUGUGCGAGAGGUGGGGGGCUCCAUGGUGCCUAUCUGGCCCAGUUAUUACGAGGACUGUCGGACCGUAGUGUUCAUUGUGGACGCUGCUAACCCGUAUCAGGUAUCUGCCUCUUGUAUCCAGCUCCUGUCUAUGCUGUCUGCCCCGGCUCUCUCCACAGUGUCGGUCCUCCUCGUCUUCAACAAAACGGAUCUGCCAUGCUGUAUGUUAUUGGCGGAGAUGAAAUCGCUGUUCCGAUUGGAUGACAUCAUAGCCUGCGCCAAGCAGCCAAUCACUGUCAUGGAAACUAGCGCCCUGGAGGGCACAGGACUUCAGGAGGUUUUGCAGUGGCUGCAUUCAUCGGCCAGUCACUAAGUAGAAGAUAUAAUAUUUUAUAUUUCUAAUUCUUUCAAGACGCAGCCUUUGUCUAAUCAGACUCUAUCCGUUCUUGUAUUGUGAAGGAUAGUCACUGACCUGGAACUUUUCUUGUACCCAUCCCCUGACUGGUACUUUUCAUUAAAGGGCAUUCGUCAGCAGAUUUGUACCUAUGAUACUGGCUGACCUGCAGCAUUUGCGGAAGUUUCCAUACAUGCAAAUGAGCCUCUAGGAGCAACGGGGGCGUUGCCGUUAAACCUAGAGGCUCUGCUUUCUCUGCACCUGCCGCACCCUCUCCACUUUGAUUGACAGGGCCAGGUGUGAUGA